UCAACGUCGAGAGUGUAGGCCCAACUAUCUCGGGUAUUGCAAUUUGAGCUGCUCGCUGUCUCUGGUCUAAAUGCGCCGGAGUCUUUAGGGCCUAAGGCUGGGUUCCAACCUGGCUUCCUGAGAUGUCGGUGGCCUUCGUACCCGACUCGUUGAGGGGCAAGGCGGAAGUCAAUCAGGAGACUAUCCAGCGGCUCUUAGAGGAGAAUGACCAGCUGAUCCGCUGUAUCGUGGAAUAUCAGAACAAAGGCCGGGCUAAUGAGUGCGUCCAGUACCAGCAUGUGUUACACAGAAAUCUCAUUUAUUUGGCUACCAUCGCAGAUGCCAACCCAACCAGUGUUUCAAAAGCAAUGGAAUAAUCUUCCAGUUGAUUGCUGUGAGGAGUAAUUGAAUGUAAUCUAUUUCCUGUGACAUAGAAACAGGAUAUUUACCAACUCAACUGCUUAGAACAUGAAUGGAACUUCAGUGGCUCUUUUAAAAAUGUGAAAAUGUGAAGAAAGCUACUAAGUUAACCAUGUUCUCAAUGUAAAUAUUUAUUUUAAUAAUUGGAUUCCCUCAAUUAAGUUGACUCCAGGUGUCCUCCUUCCUGAAAUAGGCAUGUUUGGAUAACAAAGACAUUACAGGCAUCUUCAAGUCUGCCUUUUUAGUUUCAGCCUGAAGAGGAGACUGAACAGGUGUUGGGCAAUUAGCAGACUCCCCCAACUGAGACCCUGUCACAUGGCCAAGUAACUGUGUGCUCCCUCCUUCCAGUGUGUGUGGUUGUAGACCCCCUGGCUGCUCUUUACAGGUCGUUUUGAAAUAAAAACCCUUGGAGUUCC